AAAGAAGUGAUUUAUGCAGUUGCGAUAAUGGUGUUGUUCUAGGGUGGGAUCAGAUACAAGGAAAGAGAGUUAGAAAAAAACUUUGUAGAUGUAUUUUGUUUUUAGAUGGAGGAGUCACUUGAAUUGGGCAACAUGACGAGAGUCCAAGAGUUUGUCCUACUGGGCUUGUCCACAAGGCUGGGGAUAAGGGAUGCCCUGUUUGUCGUCUUUCUGACUCUCUACCUGCUGACACUCCUGGAGAACACCCUCAUCAUCUACCUCAUCUGUAGUCACAGUGAGCUCCACAAGCCCAUGUACUUCUUCCUGGGCAACCUCAGCUGCCUGGAGAUGUGCUAUGUGUCAGUCACCAUGCCCACCCUACUCAUGGGGCUGUGGACAGGAACCUGCCAUGUUCCAUUCACAGGUUGUAUGACCCAACUCUUCUUCUUCAUCUCUCUCAUCUGCACAGAGUGCACCCUCCUGGCCUCCAUGGCUUAUGAUCGCUAUGUGGCCAUCUGCCGCCCACUGCACUACCCACUCCUCAUGAGGCCACAGGUCUGCCUGGGCUUAGCCUUGUCUUCAUGGCUGGGUGGGUUGCUAGUCUCAGUGAUCAAAACAGCAUGCAUUGCAAGUCUGUCCUACUGUGGUCCCAAUGUCCUCAACCACUUCUUCUGUGAUGUCUCUCCUCUUCUGAAUUUGUCCUGCACCCACGUGGCCCUCACAGAGCUGGUUGACUUCAUCUCAGCCAUCGUCAUCCUCUGGGGUUCACUCCUUGUGGCCAUGGCCACCUAUGUGGCCAUUGGUAGGACAGUUCUGGCCAUGCCAUCAGCUGCUGCCCGCCACAAAGCCUUCUCUACCUGUGCCUCCCACUUGGUAGUGGUGGGCAUCUUUUAUUCAGCCACUAUCUUCAUCUAUGCUCGCCCUAGCCGCAUAGAAGCCAUGGACCUCAACAAGGUGCUGUCUGUCAUCUACACAGUGGUCACCCCCAUGUGCAACCCCAUCAUCUACUGUCUGAGGAACAGGGAGGUGCAAUCAGCUUUCCGUAGAACCAUGCACUGGUCCUCAGUUUGACCAGGCACUUAAGACCAUGAGGUGAGACAUCAAUUUACCUACAUCCUACUUUUGUGUUAAGAUAUAAUUCAUAUACCAUUACUUCACCUUUUAAACACACACAACUUAGUGUUUGAAUAUUUUUACAAAGUAGUACAACCAUCAACAUUGCAAUUUAAUCAUUCCCAGAAAAAUACCUAUAUAUACUGGAAGUCAUUUCCUGUGGUAUCUCUACUCCUUAAAAAAUCACUAUCUACCUUCUAUGUGCAUAGGUUUCCCUGUUUUUGAUAG